GGUCAUCCGGCAUUGCUAGCUUUCAGCAUAGCUUCGAAAAAAUGGUUGCAUUCGGUGAACUAUCGGUGCCUCUUUUUACGAAACUGUCCUUUUCUGUAGGAAAGCAGUACCAACAAUGCAUGCCGAAGCAAGGCUAACGGAACCCGCAGCUAACAAGACGGUAGUCAGUGACGAGCUCGGGCGUCAGAGUAGCUCUCUGUCCGGCUGAGGCAGAUGGGCUCCUCGGUGAAACUGGGCAAAAGGCGGAAGGACUGCGUAUCAACAGACAUUCACACAGAUGCUACACAACAGCUACCAGCUAGCUAACUACUCCGGCAUGCAAAUAAACGAGAGCGGAUUCAGCAGGAUUUAAGGUUAUCGAAAGACUUUCAAGGACGGCAUCCUCCUUUAUGGAUUUGCAACAGGGCAGUUUGAAUUAGCUUCUACACCUAGCCAAGCUCAGUAAAACUCAAGAUGGCAAGCAGGAGGAAGUCCACCACUCCCUGCAUGGUCCCGCCUCAAGAAACCAUGGAGUCGGAUCAGGAGAUGGAGGACGCUAUGGACACGUCAGAUCCCGAGGACAGUAAUGGAUUGUUGGCGGUUUCCUCGGACGGUCCUGCUUCGUUGGAGGAGCGAGGCGAGGACUCUGACAACAGACAGGAGCUGCUGCAAGACCCCUACCAGGACCUAAACAUGGCAGAAGGGGGCUACGAGUGCAAAUACUGCAGCUUCCAGACGUCGGAGCUCAACCUGUUCACCGUGCACGUGGACACGGAGCAUCCCGAUGUCGUCACUAACACCUCCUAUGUCUGCGUGGAGUGUGACUACCACACCAAAAGCUACGACACGCUUCAAGCCCACAAUGCUCGGCUGCACCCAGGUGAGGACAACUUCACACGGACAAUGGUAAAGCGAAACAACGAGACCGUCUUCCAGCAGACGGUCAACGAUCUCACUUUCGAUGGCAGCUUUGUCAAAGAGGAGGACGACGAAGCGGAGGAGACGUCCCGCAAAGCCAUCCCCCUCAGCAAAACCCCCAUCAUGAAGAUCAAGAGCAGGUCGGAGCCCAAGAAAUUCUCCGCGGCACACAAAAUGACCGUGGACGACGACGUGAUCAAAGUGGAAAGUGACGAGGACGACGAGGACGACGACGAGGAGCCUCCCAGGCUGUCGCCCGCCCCGAUGGCCUCCGCUAGCUCCGCCCCUCGCCUCAUCCCCGUCUCCGCGCCGGUGCAGGUCCAGGCCGUGCCUCAAAGCAUCGUGGUGAACAGCUCCAACGUGAUGCAGAUUAAAAGCGGCUCGGGCGGGGGCGGCUCCGUGCUGCCCCCCGGGACACUGGCCCAGGUUCUGUCGGCCCUGCAGACCCAACAGAACACUCAGACUCAGCUCCUGAUCCCCAUCAGCAGCAUCCCCACCUACAACACUGCCAUGGACAGCAACGUCCUGCUCAUCAGCGCUUACAACAGGUUUCCGUAUCCAUCAGUGUCAGAGAUCGUGGGUUUGUCGUCGCAGACGAAGUUCAGCGAGGAGCAAAUCAAGGUCUGGUUUUCUGCUCAGAGGCUCAAACACGGAGUCAGCUGGACACCAGAGGAGGUAGAGGAGGCGAGGAGGAAGAAGUUUAACGGCACAGUCCAAAGUGUCCCUCAAACCAUCACCGUCAUCCCCGCCAACAUCGGCGCAGCUGCAAACGGCCUGCAGUCCAUCUUUCAGACGUGUCAGAUCGUCGGGCAGCCGGGUCUCGUCCUCACUCAGGUGGCUGGCAACGGCAGCACCGUGCCGGUGGCCUCUCCCAUCACCCUGGCAGUGGCAGGGGUACCAAGUAACCAGCCCAAAGCUGCCGAACCUUCAGCGCCUGAAUCGAACGCCGAGAUGUCCAGCUCCUCAGCCAGUUUGUCCCUCAGUUUGGACGCAGCAACGGCAAAACCAAAGAAGUCCAAAGAGCAGCUGGCAGAGCUGAAAGCGAGUUACAGCAAGAGGCAGUUUGCCACUGAAGAGGAGAUAUCGCGCCUCAUGCAGGUCACCAAACUCUCCAAACGAGCAAUAAAGAAGUGGUUCAGUGACACGCGCUACAACCAGAGGAACUCAAAGGAUCACCACCUGCUUCUGAGUGAAACUUCGUCCAGCAGAGUGGCUGCGUCCGGAGGAGGCCGAGGAGGAAAGAGCAGCAGCGCCUUCCUCAACGAAAACCUCAGCAGCGAAACGCCCACAAACACCGCUGCCGCCACCAUCGUUAUCGACUCCAGCGACGACGCCAGCGACUCCUCCCCGACGUCCGCCAACGCCCCGAGCUCAUCGGGGCCGACGAGCGACCCACGUGUCAAAUUCCGCCACGCCUUCCCCGACUUCACUCCGCAGAAGUUCAAGGAAAAGACUCGGGAGCAGCUCCACAUUCUCGACGCCAGCUUUCAGAAAUCGGACCAGCCUUCGGACGAGGAGCUGAGCCGGCUGCGAGCAGAGACCAAGCUGACGCGACGGGAAGUGGACGCUUGGUUCUCAGAGAGGCGGAAAGCUUUUCUGGCAGCGCAGUCGAGAGACAGCGACGCUGAGGGUGACUCGGACAAGGUGUCCACGCCUUUAGACCAGGAACAGAACACUCCCCCUGUUACCAGGAAGAUCGUGAAGAAGACUCCAGAGCAGCUCCACAUCCUGAAGAAGGCCUUUGUUCGCAGCCAGUGGCCAACGUCCGAGGAGUACGACGAGAUGGCAGAGGAGAGCGGCCUGCCCAGGGCGUACAUCGUCAACUGGUUUGGAGACACGCGCUACUCCUGCAAGAAYAGCAACCUGAAGUGGUACUACCUCUACCAGAGUGGAAAGGUGGAUGAGGCGCUGAACUGUGGAGCAAAGAGCAAGAAGUCCAGGAAGCGUUGCCACGGUUGGUCCAGGAGGAUACGCCGUUCUGUGCCCUGCAAACGUUCUCCACAAGGGGGCGUCGGCGUCAUCAAGGUGAAGUCUGGUAAGAUGUUUCUUAAGGAAUACUACCUCAAGCACAGAGCCCUGAGCGAGAAAGACCUGGACGAUCUGGUGGCAAAGUCCAACAUGAGUUACGAGCAGGUGAGAGACUGGUUCUCAGAGACCACCAGAAAGGUGGAGGAGGGCAAGGAGCCCUUUAGUGAUGAGGCAGAGGAAGGGGAGGGAGACGACGAGGAAGAGGAGGAAGAAGUGGCGACAGCAGAGUGUGCAGACAGCGAAGGAGAAAUGGAGGUGAGAGAACAAGGAGAGGCCUCAGAUAACGACUGUGUUGGCCACGAAAAGAAGGAGGAGCCUGAUGAGGAGGAGGAGGAGGAUGAAGAAGAGGAGGAGGAUGAAGYGAUCCAGGAGGAAUCUGAACGUGGCAGCCAAUCACAGCCUCAGGCUGAGGAGCAGACAUGAACAGGCAGAUUUCCUGUUGCUUCCCUCACCGUGGAGCUGACGCAGAAGAUGAUACCCAUCAGUGUUUCUCAGCUGGCGGGUCGGGACCCAGCAACGGUGGCAGAUAGCUCUGAUGACGUUAAGAGUCUGUGCCUUUAAAAAAAACAACAAGUUGGGGUCACGAUGCAGCUGAAAACCACUGAGGAGGAGUUUCAAGACACCCGGUCUGGAUUUAGUUUGUCCUGACUGAUGAACAGUGGGGACCAAGCAAACUGGAGAAAACUAGGCCUUUCACUAAACACGACGACGAGUGUAAGUUCCUGCACUGCUCCAAGCUUUCUGUCCUCUUUUUCUGAAAAUGGCUGGGCUUUUAUUUCGGCCCUAAGAUUUCUUUUUAAACUCACAAAAACAAUUUGUAAAGGAAAACAAAAAGAGUUGGGACCUUGCAUGAUUGUCUUUGUUUUCCAUUCAAGAACUAAGAAUUUUUUUUAAGAAAAUAUCUCAAACCCAUUAUGAAAAACAUUUUUUUUAAAUCCUCACUUUUCUGUCAAGCAGUGCAAAUUAGUGCCAUUCAGUUUAUGAGUUUGUUUUAAUGAAAGAAAGAGAAAAAGUCUGGAGUUGAUUUCAACAUCAGUGUUUUAAAUUUUUGUAUAUUUUUUUCGAGUUAUUUGCUACAAGAUUGAUUAUAAUGCAAAUCAAAUCCAUUAUUCUGUCAAGAUACUGUCAGGAAAUCUCUUAAAAAUGGUUGUGUUUCUGAUGUUUGCAGGUGUUUGGGUCCAUUCCGUUUCAAUGAAAUCAAAUAUCUGAAGCAAAGCGUGACGGGAUCUCAGCAGAACAAAAUCAGAAACAGGGAAAGAAAUUUACAGAAAUUAGCAUAAUGGAAGCAAACAUUACUGUGUAAUUAAUACUAAGUGAUGCUGUCACAAAUUCACCAAAAACUCUGAUUUUGGGUUUUAAUUUUUAAGUUGUAAACGAAAGAAAUUCAGAAACCUGAACAA